AUGCAUUUGAUGUACACCGAAGACCCGGCCACGGGCAAGAGAAUCUACACAUUGAAAAAAGUCCUAGACGGAGUUGUUACCAAGUCGGCGCAUCCUGCUCGAUUUUCGCCAGACGACAAAUACUCGAGACAUCGUGUGACCUUGAAGAAACGAUACGGCCUCCUUCUUACGCAACAAAGUAUGAAAUAUAAUGCGAUAUCCUCCAGGGAUCCAGAGGCUAACAUACGACUAUAG